GGGUGGGAUAAACCCCGACCACGACGGCAAUUUCCCAAAUUUCACCAUAAUUUGCCAACCACCCUUGAACUUGAUUGUCCGUCGAUUCCACCCUCAUGCCAGGUGACGUUGACGAAGCGGCGGGUGUAUGUGAGACGCUUCUUCGCGCGGCCCUUGGGGGUCUUCUUCUUCUCCUGGGGCUCAACCUUGGGGCUAUCGUGAUGGUCAGUGAUCGGAUCGGUUUAGUUCAUCAGGCUGACAGGCUUCAGCAUCGCCCGGUCGGCCAUCGCGUCCGUUGCAUUCGUCAUUUGCGUCGUCGUCAACCGUUGACAUCGAAUGUUGUGUUCCCUCCUUCUUCCGACCGGUUGUUUCCCUCGUCUUCGUCCGCGAUGGCCGGGUUUUGGGCGGUCGCCACUUCUCUUUCCAAAAAUAAAGGGAGAAAAACACCUGGAGAUGGGCUGGCUGUCUAAACGGGCAAAGACUUACGUCUGAGACUUGACCUUUCCGGCACGCGCCAACGAUCCGUGAACCUUUCCCAUUGUGACGGUUUG